AUAGCGAUGAUGAUGAGAGUGAUGCGGAAGACAAAUUCGAUCCAGUGAUAAUUAUUUUAAGCGAUGAUGAAGCAACGUGUACCGAUCAACCAUCAACUUCAAGUGUAUCUGUUACUACUACCCAAAAAUUAAACAAUCGAUUGAAUGCUGAAAUACAUCCAGGAGAUACACAACCUUAUUAUCUGACCUCAACACCAAAAAAGUCUAAUAAAUAUGAGUCAUUUCGAAUUUUAGAUGCUGGAAAAAGUGAGCUUUAUAUUAAAUUAGCUAAAGAAAAAGAGUUAGAGAAAGCAUCUAUAUUAAAAAUGCGAGAUGUUAAGAUACAAAAAGCAAUAGAUGAUGAUAAUAAUAGUCGCAUCUUGGAGCAAGGAACUGCGCUUCCAAAAGUAUUGGAACGGACGAUAGGCUUACUUACUUAUUUAUCAGAGCACGAUAUAGUUUCAGAGAGAGAUACUGAACUUGUUAGUACGGUAACUAAUUCAAGUACAACUAAAGUG